AUGUCGGAUCAAAGAUAUAUCAUUGCCUCACUUCAAGCUUGUAUAAUCCUAUCUUUUAUCGUCACGGCGGCCCUAGCUCAAGCUCCCACCGAGUUCACGUCGAAUUAUGCCCCUCCCGAGCAAGUUACCCUCAAAAAACGGGACUGUCAAAGUCUUCUCCAACACAACAGAACACUUUAUCACGAAAUCGCAUACAAGGGUCAUAUAACAAACUACUACGGCAGCCCCGAGGCCGAUGCUGAACUUGUAGCCAUAACUUACAAAGGUUGUGUAAAAGUCUGUGGAAGCUUUUGGAAGAAUGAUACACAGACUACACUGGACCUUUUACUAGACUGGAUCUUACCUGCCUUAGGUUUGGUUACGCAGAUGCCAUGGGAAUCGAAUCGUAAUUCGGUAACAGUUAUUUGGCUGGCUAGGUGGAUUGGGUCUCCAAUUGCUGCGCUAACCUACUGUCUCUGGGACGUAAAGAUUGCGGCGAGGUGUGCCAAGCUAAUUAACUUAACAGUAAAGUACCGUUACAAGAGAUACCAUUCAGAUGUUCUUCGGGUGGAAUCCGAUGCAGAGGACGAACUUGAGACAUUUUCACAUGCUCGGGAUCAAUUCUAUAUUCUUCUUGUCAUGAAUCAGUUUCAACUCAAGAAGUCAGCUGAACGACACUUAUCACCCGAAGAACUAGUCACUGCAGUUGAAAGAGCGAUAUUCAGUAGGGAUGUUGUGGAUGGCCUCGAUUUAGUGAAGGAGAGAACGAGGCUCGCAAGAGCCUUGAGGGAUGCUAGAAAGAGAGGGAUCGUUCCGAUACUACUCGGGUUAGGUGGCUUCUUCUUCGCCAUGUCUGUGGCCAUUCGCAAGGCGUUCAGUGGAGGGGAAGGUGGAGGAGCUACGGCCUUCAAUGUAGGAUUAGGGCUGCUGGUUGGCUGGUUACCGGUUCUAUAUCUUGCCGCCGUAGUGGACAAUGAUCAUGAUAAUAAACCUGAAUUUGCGAGGGACUUCAAUGCUAUGGUCUCUGCGUGUCAUGAGGGCGGGGAGGUUAUUGAUAUUUUCGGUGAAGGCAGAGGCCAGGGUCGAGGAAGAUGGCAUUUUGGUAUCGGGCAAACUAUCAUGACUCGAAUCGAAGAGCGAUUUCUUGCUAAGUGGACAAAAGGUACCAUUGUUGAUUGGGUUCAGCUGAGUGAGGCUUCUCCAGAAACUGAACGCAAGAUCGAACUUGGGCAUUGGAGAAUUAUCGAACCUAUGAUUACUGCGUUCGUAAUCGUCGGAGGUACCAGUUCUGGAUCGUUCCUUCUCGCCUACUUUACACCCCCUGUUGGGUUCGCCUGGAGAUCUGCAUCAUAUUUGACCUGUCUCUGUCUUUCCGUUCUGAUCUUCUUCAUCGAUAUCAUCCUUUUUGGGAUCGUACGCCAUUCUUUUAUGACACCUUCAAAAAGCUUGAAACAUGGUCGGAUGUACUACUUCUUCAAGAGCAUUAAGUUUCGACGAACGGCGCAUUACGUGCUCAUUUUCUUGGAGAUGCUUAAUACCUUAACACUUUGCCUGCUCGUUAUAGCCAUGUCAGUAGGGCUGUUUAACUUUUGUGCGGGCUCGGCUGUCGACAGAGAUGGACCGGGUGGCGGACUUAUAAUUUUGAAUAGCGCCGAGUUUUUCACCAAGUAUUUUGAUGUUCAAGGUUACUAUAUGAUCGGGAUUAUGCCUGCUAUGAUUUUGAUGGGUGGUGGUACACUUUAUUUGAUAGAGCAGUGGUUUACACAAAGCUUUUUGUGGGCUAAGAGUGAUGUCAGUGGUUUGAUCGGGUUUAAGAGAACGAGGAGGUGGAAAUGGUUCUACAGCCUGGGCGGGAUUCUGGAAACUGGCGAAACUCUCCGGUGGACUAUGUAG